UUUGUGUAGUAUCCGAUCGUCAUGCUCAGGGGGUCCUUGUCAGCUUCACCUGUCAGUUCCUCCGGAGUGUUUUGGCUAAAAUGACCUAAAAGCUCAAAGUACCGUGACUAAUAGGUAAAAAUCAUCUAUAAUUUUCGAAAAGAGAUCAUCAACUGUAGAAUGAUCGAGUUGAAUCCUAUCCAAUUGGAUGAGAUCCCUCACAAAUGGAUAGCUGUGAUUGUCGACUACCUGAGGGGCUUUCGGAACGAUACCACUGAUUUUAAUCGGCCACAACUGCGGCCGUCCGUUCGACACACUUACUUGGCAUUUGUUUGCGGGUACAGUGCGCUUAUUGUGGCCGGAGCUCUUUGUAACGCGUAUGUGCUGGCCAUUGUCAUACGCAAACGACUCUAUGCAGCCGAUCCGGUGUACGUGUACGUGGCCAACUUGGCAUUAACUGGCAUGCUUGAGUGCGUUUCCGUGCUGCCUAUUUCGCUGAUGGUUUUGCUGGUACAGAACUGGAUAUUCGGUCGGUUUCUGUGUUUUAUGUUGCCCAUGUUACAGGAUGUUCCCACGCAUGUAAUGAUGUUGACGUUUUUACUAAUGGCCAUCGACCGUUAUAAACAUCUGAAACACCCUAAUCGAAUGCGAUUGCCUCCAUUGACUUGUGCUAUCGCUUGUUGGCUUAUAGCAUUUUGCAUAGUACUCCCCUAUCCUGUCUAUACAGCUUACUUGGACUUGGGAGUUUACAUAAAAGUGCAAUUCGAAGGAGUGGGAAUAUGUGCAGUAAACAUGGCUGAUGAUAUGCAAGACUAUCUUCGCAGCUUGUUUGUUCUAACGUAUCUGAUUCCUCUUUUAACCAUGGGAUAUUUAUAUUCGAAGAUGUCCGACAUUCUACGAAGUUUAAUGAAUGUUCCUUCAGUAUUUUAUUCACAAGACUCUAGUUCAAGAAAUCCUGAGACCCCAAAUCACAGUGACAUACAAUCGCCCUACAGUGAUUCAGAUACUGAAAUUGAUAGUUAUAAAGAAUCUAAGACUCAAAAAUAUUUGAUCUCUAUGGUUACAGCCUACGCAGUAUGUUUAUGUCCACUCAUGAUUUUGAGAUUAGCAAAACUUGAAGUAGCCGAAACGUACGAAAAUAGCAGACAUUUUGAUUUGACUUUUAUGAUAUUUGUCUGGUUAGCAUUUGUGCCAACUGUUACUACGCCACUACUGUUUGUGGCUUGGAACUCGGACAGUUCUACUAAAGAAAGGAUCCGAAGCUAUUUUAAAAGGACCAAAGUGGCAACCGAUCAAGCAACGAGGUCGGUGUCUAUGGAAGGACUAGCCGCGCGUAAUUCAAUUUACACAGUCCAAGAGAGUAUCCCUUGAAAAAAUUUCAAUUUAUUUAAACAAAACACUAUUAAUAAUAAAAAAACAAUUUUAAUAAAAUAACAAUAAACCAAAAAAAAAAAAAAAAAAAAAAAA